UAUAGGGACCCAGGCAUUGUGCCCCUGCCCUCUGCCAUGUGGGAACUGCAGUCAGCCUCCUUCUGGAGGGCCAUAUUUGCCGAGUUCUUUGCCACCCUCUUCUACGUCUUCUUCGGGCUGGGGGCCUCGCUGCGUUGGGGCCCGGGACCCCUGCACGUCUUGCAGGUGGCUCUGGCCUUUGGCCUGGCCCUGGCUACGCUAGUGCAGGCGGUGGGCCACAUCAGUGGCGCCCACGUCAAUCCUGCAGUCACUUUUGCCUUCCUUGUGGGCUCCCAGCUGUCCCUGCUCCGUGCCCUCUCCUAUAUGGCAGCCCAACUCCUGGGAGCUGUGGUGGGGGCUGCCAUGCUGCACAGUGUUACCCCACCUGCUGUCCGAGGAAACCUAGCGCUUAACACGUUGCACCCUGGGGUGAGUGUGGGCCAGGCCACCGCGGUGGAGAUCCUCCUGACGCUGCAGUUGGUGCUCUGCAUCUUUGCUACAUACGAUGAGAGGCGGAACGGCCGCCUGGGCUCCGUGGCCCUGGCGGUUGGCUUUUCCCUCACCCUGGGGCACCUCUUUGGGAUGCAUUACACUGGUGCAGGCAUGAACCCUGCCCGCUCCUUUGCUCCUGCCAUUCUCACCAGAAACUUCACCAACCACUGGGUAUACUGGGUGGGCCCCAUCAUCGGAGGGGGCCUGGGCAGUCUCCUCUACGACUUCCUCCUCUUCCCCCGGCCCAAGAGUGUUUCUGAGAGGCUGUCUGUCCUCAAGGGCACCAGGCCCAGGGACCCCAGUGCACAACCAGAGGGCACAGGGGAGCCUGCUGAAUUGAAGACCCAGGCCCUGUAAACGCUCCCGUUGAACAGAGGGAGUAGGAAGCUCCUGAGUUUAUGUGGAGGGGCUAAGCCACCCCUGGGUGAAGAAGGAGGCUGUGGGGAGGGGCUUGUACUUCUUUAUUGUUUAAUUUACGUGUGAGUUGUUUUUUUGCCUUUUGCUGUGUGAAAUCUUUCAAGUUGCAUUCAUGAGCUGGUCGGUGCAAACUUCCCUUCCUCCGCAUCCCACCUCUCUUCGCCGCUGGGUGUGCAGGAUUGUGUGUGUGUGAAUGUGAGCGAACGUGGCUGGGGUUUGGGGCGCGGCAGGAGAAGCAGGGAAGGGAGAAGAGGUAUCAUCCUACACCUUCCUCUCAGUGUGAUGAGCACAGGAAACCAGGACCUGAAGUUUCUGGUCACGCCAAUCAAGUGUAAGGUUCUAGGUUUCUGAGAGAGCAGGGAAGCAGGGAGUACUCCUCACAGGAGGCAGAUGGAGAGAAGUGGAGGACACAAGGCAUUCCAGGGGGUGGGAGAGGGGCAGGG